AUGACCACUAGAUUGUGGUCUAGUGGAUUGGAAUCUAAAAUAAACGAUUCCUCGGUAGCUGUACAGGAUUUUUCACUCUCCCACAAGUUAAACUUUAACCCUUCAAAGUCUGUUAGUAGCUUCUUCAUCACAAAUAGACUCCUCUACAAUUAUUCUCCUGCUGUAUAUCUUUCUGAUCAGUUACUGGACUGUGACAAACAUCCAAGUUACUUGGGUUUUACUUUAUAUCCUGAGAUAAAUUAUAGGAAACAUAUUGAGAAAAUAGCAGGUAAAGCGAGAGAGCACCUACGAAUUUUGAAGUAUAUCUUGGGUAGAGACUGGGGUGCUGAUGUCUCUGCCCUUAGAUUUACUUAUUGCUCCCUCAUGCAACCCAUUCUUGAGUAUGGCUAUCAAAUAUUUCAAAUGGCUGCAGCCUCUAACUUAAAGAUCCUGGAUGGCUUCCAGUUGAGUGCAGCUAGAAUAAUUAAUGGGUUAAGGAAUAGCUGUCCUAAUGAAGUGGCUCUAUAUGAAGCAGACAUUGUGCCUCUGGCUACGAGAUUUAAGAUUGGUUCCUUUAAAUAUUUUAAUAAAUUAAUGACCCUUGGUGAUUCUAACAGGACUGCUGCAUAUAUCUUGAAUUGGAGAGGUAGCCAGCGUUUGAAAAGAGACACCCCGUUGGAAUAUGUCAGAAAAACGGGGGUUAUUAAUUUCGAGGUUGUUCCUUCGACCACUCUAAACUGUUUGCCGCCUACGAUGCUGCUUAGGGACAUCAGUUUUAAUGACGAACUGACGUCUCCUGCCAAUAAACAAGUGGACCAUCCAGACCUGCUGAAACAGUUGGCCCUAGAGGUUGUCAAUAGUAUCCUUUCUGGGGUCUUGGUAAUCUACACUGAUGCUAGCAAGAUGGAAGACGGUAGAACAGAGAGUGGUGUUUUCAUCCACAGCAAUGAUAGCGAAGUUAGGAUCAGUAUCCAAAACACUGACAAUUGUUCAGUCUUUAGAUGGAGAUCAUAG